AGCUACAAAUGUGAAUCAAUCAAGGGCGUUCUCAUCGAAGAUCAGAAGAGAAGAGAAGAGAGUUUAAGGAAGCAGAUAUGUUGGUGUACGUUGUAAUUGCAUGGAUAGGUGGUGUUGUAGGUGUUGCAGCAGCGCCUGUGUCUGUGCCCGUGCCCGUGCCUGCGAGUUUCAUAUUUGGAGAUUCGUUGGCAGACGCUGGAAAUAACAAUCACCUUCAAUAUGCGCUUGCAAAAGCCAACUUUCCUUGGUAUGGCAUUGAUUACCAUGCUGGGGUUGCCACCGGGAGGUUUACCAACGGGCGUACCAUCGGAGAUAUCAUAAUGGAGAAGCUGGGCUUGGCUAAUCCUAAGCCUUAUCUCUCUCUAUCUCGUAAUGACAGUUCAAUAUUACGAGGCGUUAAUUAUGCUUCCGGAGGAGGAGGAAUCCUCAACGAAACAGGAUUUCUAUUUAUUGAAAGGCUGUCGUUCGACAAACAAAUAGAGUAUUUUGAAGCUACAAAAGGUGCGAUUGAAAAGAAAAUCGGAGCGAGAGAAGCCGAAAAGCUGUGCAACGAGGCUCUCUACUUCAUAGGCAUGGGAAGCAACGACUUUAUAAAUAACUAUCUCCUACCAGUUGCUACCGAUGCUCAGAAGUAUACUCCACGCUCAUUUAUAAAUCUCCUCACUUCCACCUUAACCAAACAACUCACGAGACUUCACGAACUUGGGGCACGUAAGAUAGUAUAUCAUGGGGUGGGUCCGCUGGGAUGUAUUCCCUCGCAGCGCUAUAAAAGCGGAACCAACGAAACCUGCGUCAAAACAUUGAACGCCUUGAUCGUUGAUUUCAAUGACAGCGUACAGAAACUACUGUACCGCCUUAAUUCUCAUCUUCACGGUGUGAAAAUCACGUACGCAGAUACCUACUCCAUGGUUAUGAAGCUCAUCCAAAACCCACAACAAUAUGGUUUUAAGGAUGCGAAAGUUCCUUGCUGCAACGUGGAUACAAGCUUUGGACAGCUUUGUCUCCCCAACUCAAAUCUCUGCACGGAUCGGCAGCACCAUGUUUUCUGGGAUGCCUUCCACCCCACAGAUGCUGCAAACGCCAUUCUCGCUCAAGAUCUUCUUUCUCAUCCUGAUAUUAUGCAAUAUACCAAUAAACCAGCUGCAACUGCCCCCGCCCCUGCCCCUACUGCGCUCUAAUAUUACUCAUUUGCAUAACCUAGCUAAUGUAUCCUUUUCAUUUGUGUGCUUCAAAUUACUACAAAACUGAAGUUCCAAAUAUGGUAAUAAUGGAACACAAGUAUAUCUGCUUCAUAAGUGAGAACGUAUAUUCUAUUGUAGAAGCUCAUUCAUUACCUAAAACUUUCACUAUGAUAUUGCCACUUGAAAUGGUGUGUUUAAUAAAAUAUAAAAUCUUUUGAUUUUAUAAGAUUUUUGUACA